AUGGUCCUCAGGAACGUGCGCGAGGACAAUGGCCGCGCCUUCCUGGAAAUGCUGGAGCAAUUGAACAAGACCAAGUGUGCGGCGAGUGGCAACGUCAUGGUGCAUAUCCUGGCUGCUGCCGACCACGAUGGGGUCUGUGCCUCCAAGAUGUUGGUCAACUUUCUGGAGGGGCAGGUCAAGCACCACCUCAGUCCAGUGUGGGAGAAUGCGGACAUCGUGGAAGCCUUCAGGCAGUUCGAAACUGACACUGAGGUGCAGGCCGUGGUGCUUCUGAAUUGUGGGGCCAGCAUGGACCUCGAGAAGCUCUCGGUAGAGAGCAAGGUGCCGGCGACCUUCCGGUGCUUCGUGAUCGACGCGCACCGCCCCAUCGCGCAAGAGAACCUGUCGAAGCGCAACGAGCGCAUCAUCAUCCUGGACGAUGACCCCAUCGCCGAAGCCAGAGAACAACGUCCGCCUGUCGACGAGCUCGACGAUGACGACGAGAGCGACGUGGAAAGUGAGGAGGACAAGGAGAAUACCGAUUCCGCCCAGAACCAGUCCUCUCUGGAGUCCUCCCUGGAAUCCAACCGCAAGCGCGCCAGCCGCGAGGAGAAGGAGGAUCGGCGGCGACGCAAGCGCCAGCGGAUCCAUGAGUACUUCAUGACGUCCUACCAUGCGAUGCCGGCCUCAAUGUCCAUGUUUCACAUGGUUCGGCAAGUGCAGGAGCCCUCGCAGGCGAAGAACGCCCUCUGGCUCGCUGCAGUGGGGCUUGUGGGCUACCUAGAGCUCGGGCUGAUGAGUGAACACCUGUACAACAAGCUGGUGUGGGAGGACCUGAAGGAGGCCCUGGACUGCCUCAAUGACAGCUUCAACUGCACGUCCAGCGCGGGCUCCACUUUGCCGGACAGUAUGCAGUCGGACGACGAGGACUCCUUUCGACCGAGGCCCCGUCCGAAGGCAAAGGAGCUCAAGCUGCGCUUCGACAGCGAUCUCAGACUCACGCUCUACAAGCACUGGACCAUCAUGAGCUCCGUGCAGCACAGCCCGUACUUCUACGGGACUCUGUGCCUCCACCGGGAUGCUGGCAUCCGCGCCCUGAAGCUGCUUUUGGCCAUCAUUGGGGUGGUGCCCAGUGAGUACAAGCAGCUCUACCGGCAUCUAGACCUGGGAAGGCAGCGGGCGCUGCGGCGCGGCCUCACGGAACAGGGCAAGGCUUACGGCCUGACGGAGACGCGGAUGCUGUUGGACCAGUUUGUUCAGGAGCUGCCCAAGCUUUCCAAGGAGUGCCCCAUCUCCGAGGAGGCGUCGUCGUCGGACUCGGUCCACCUCAUCCAGGGCAUUCUCUGCGCGGCAGGCAACGAGAUUCCGGAAGCUUCGAAUCUGAAGCUACCGGACGGUAAGCCGGACCUUGAGGCCAUCCAGCGCGCGAGGAAAGAGGCACGCAUGCGGGCCUUCUACGACGCCUGGGACGUGGCCUUCUGCGACGACCCAGCAGCGGUGACGCAGGGCAUCACACGGGGGCAGGAGGUCGCCAAGGCCGUGCAGACCCUUGCCAGACAGAUUCACGACACCAGAGGCUGUAUCAAGGAAGUGAGGCGCUUCCGCUGGACCAGGAUCGACCAGCCGCCGACUGUGUUCCGACAUCCGCUGGCGGCAAGGAAGCUGGCCGUGUGGCUGUCCCAGACGAUCUACGCCUACACGCAGAGACCUUACGAGCGCCCACUGCUGGUCGUCAUCCGCGAUGCUCCCACUGACAGCUACCUUUGCGUGGGCAUCACGCCGCCGUCGGUCUCCGACGUGGAUGAGUUCGGCGUCCUCUUCCGCAAGGCAUACCGAGCUGUGCAGUCUGCGAGGAUCAGCCACCUGGUGCAUGGCCUACUCCACGACUGGUUUGAUGUGGAUGAGAUGGCUGACGUGGUGAAAGCAUCAGGCUUCAGCAUCACGCUGCGCGAGAACAUCGCGCGAUACUUCGGGGUUCCCGUGGCCGAGCAGGCGAUCUACGACGAGGACGGCUUGAUUGCGACUGCUGCCGACCUGAGCCGUGCCCUGCAGCGCUACGCCCCGAAGCUCUAUGUCUACAACGUGAACGAGAUUGGCACCCAGCUGCGGGAGAAGACCUCGGAGCAGCUACAGCUGAUCGACCGCGAGGUGGAGCGGACGCGUCGGAGCUUCCAUGGGCGGCAGGUCUUUGUUGAGACGCCCGUCGACCGACCCGACUCCAGGCCUCUGGCUCUUGGCGCUCAAGAGCUGCGAAGCGUGGUGAGGCCAUCGCAGGACCCAGCACCCACAAGGGAACCGCCAGCAGUGGUGGCCCAAGUGGCUCGGACGCCAGGCUCCUUGGCCUCCAGCGUGCCCUCACGGGAGAGGCUAGUUCAACGGCUUGGCGAGGCCCUUGCAGACGCGGAGGAAGUGGAGAUCCCAACUCGGCAGACGACGCCCUCGGGCGCAGUGGAUGCCUCCCGCAUCACCACUGCCGCGCACUUCAUGUCGGAGGAAAUCCCGCUGGCUUUGCCCGCUCAGCCAGCAGCACCACCACUUGCCGCUUCCGGGAGCAACACCACGCUCGCGGGCGGUGCCGAAAGUGACAUCACGGAGAUCGAGACGUGGUCGAUUGGCGACUACCGAAGGGUCCAUUUCCCCGCGUCGAUUGAGGCUGGAUUGGCCCAGCCGGCAGCGACGGUGGCCAGUCAGGAGAAGCUGAGGGUCUCGGCCAGCCCGUGUGUGCACAAGACUGUGGCUGUUCCCUUGACCUCCAUCACCUCCGGUGGCGUGUCGAUAUCUGCAAGCAGUGCGUCCACUGGCUUGAGUAGCCGGACCUCUUUGGCACGAGCCGCGGCACCUCGGGUGCUGGAGCCGGCUCCCACCACGGCGCCGGCGCAAGGCCCUCUGCAGUUCGUGGGCCAAUGCCAAGUGCAGCUGCCAUCCAGCGCGGCGCAGGGCGAGGCGCAACCUCCCCCGCUGCCUCGCGUUGAGGCUAGGGUGGAGCCGAUCCCCCUGGGGCCCCGCGUGGAAGCCCGCGUGUCUGGGGAGGAGGAUCACUGCCCAGCUUGCGGGACCAUCUUCCUGCCCGACUCUGCCUUCUGCCGCCACUGUGGCCGCAAGCGCUACCAGGAGGGGUCGCAGCUCACCCCGCGAGUCUCUCGCGCGCAGGCGCAGGUGGCCACCAUGACGAGGAACUGCAGUGAGGGCCCGCGCAGCCUCAGCCCGCCCAUGCGGCCGCUCUCGGCGCCUCGUGGAGCGGCUUCGCGGGAGACACUGCCCUGGACGCCAUCGCCUGCAGCGCAUGGGUGCCCAAGCUUCGUGUUUCAGCCGUCGGUGCCCUCCUCGCCGCCACCCAUGGCCUCGCAGCCCGUCACGCCUGGCCGGCCCUCUAUCUUGCGGGCGGUGUCCCCGCCUGUGAGGCCACUGCAGCCGCUGCCCCUGAACUCCCCGGCCAUCCGCCGCUCCGCCAGCGGUCCGAAAUCCAAGGGAGACACGGUCUACGUGGCGCAGAACUCCUGUCGCAACGCCACCGUUCGCACUUCCGGGGUCGUCCAGGCUGGGCCGCCCCAUCUCGGCCCGCUGACAUGCGGGGUCUAG